AUGCACAUUUCUUCAACUCUGAUAUCUCUUUCUGCUUCCAUUGCCCUGGCAUUGGCCACAAAUACCACAAAUGCUACAAUCUCGGCCCUUCCAGAGCAGCUGUUUCUGGACCUCAAUUUCCAGGACAUCUUUGGCAACACCAAUCAAACGAGCCAGUUCGUUGAGCCUUGGGCGAGCGCUUAUGUGAAAUCAAUCCGAGAAAAACGAUACGGAGACGCUAUCUGGGCUCGCUACCAUAUAUACGGAGAUGUGGAGGAUAAGAUUGUGGGAGGCUCAGACAAUAUGACUGUUCUUGAAAGUAUCGAAGAAGAUGCAGUCGAGUACAGAUUGAACGUGCCUGAACUUUACGCCGAUGCCCUUUCAUUCUAUGCUCAAUCGAGUAGCCUGGACACGCACGCCAGCGACGUGCUAGAGAUGUUGCGACGUCUUGGCGAGGAGGAUGUUUCUGAGCUCCAGAAGCGGGGCAAAACAUAUGGUAUCGCGUGCAGCACGGGCAACCUUGCCUACGAGAAUAGUUGUUACACUCUCCUCGUGGGUAUGCAAAAGAGUCAGACUUUGGUUGGCAACAACCGGGCCCUUGGGUCGCAUGGGAACUGCCACAUCAGAAUGGGACCGUACAGAGGUUCUUCAACGGACUCGACGUGGUGGACUGCGCAUGCCGUGGGUUCAUUGAUCAUACAAGAAUGUACGUACGUACCGGCAUGCUGCAACUACAAGGCAGUCUCGGGUUAUUCGCCGGAAAAUUCAGGGCACCGCAAGGUCUGUCUAAGCCGCAAGAAUUCCGGCUGCUCUUAA